GAGACAAUGACUCAUCCAAAGAAUCUAGCUGAUCAACUAUGUGUAGUUUUAGCGAUUACUUUUUUGUGUCAAGUUGGUGUUCUUUCUCAGCUUGAAGUUGGUUUUUAUACUAACUCAUGUGGUUUAGCUGAGUUCAUUGUGAAAGACGAGGUUAGGGCUGCUUUCGCUAAGGAUAAAGGAGUCGCUGCUGGUCUUGUAAGAAUGCACUUUCACGAUUGCUUUGUUAGGGGGUGUGACGCUUCUGUUCUUAUUGACUCCACACCCUCAAACACAGCAGAGAAAGACUCGGCAGUCAAUAACCCAAGCCUGAGGGGAUUUGAAGUCAUUGACAAAGCAAAGUCUAGACUAGAAGCUCUUUGUGAAGGAAUUGUUUCCUGUGCUGAUGUACUCGCAUUUGCAGCAAGAGAUAGCGUUGAGUUAACUGGAGGGCUUGGCUAUGAUGUUCCUGCAGGAAGAAGAGAUGGCAAAAUUUCAUUAGCCUCAGAAACUUUAACAAACUUACCUGGUCCAACAUUCAAUGUCAACCAGCUUACUCAAUCAUUUGCAGACAAGGGUUUGUCGCAAGAUGAAAUGGUUACACUUUCUGGAGCACACACCAUAGGUCGUUCCCACUGCACUUCCUUCAGUAACAGAUUAUACAAAUUCAAUGGAACAAAUAGCCAGGAUCCAAGCUUAGAUGGAACGUAUGCAGCCAGGUUGAAGCAGCAGUGCCCACAAGGGAACACUGAUCCUAGCUUGGUGGUGCCAAUGGACCCUUCUAGUCCAAGCACAACAGACGUAGGUUAUUACAUAGAUGUCCAAGCAAACCGAGGGUUGUUCACUUCAGACCAGACUCUCAUGACAAACCCAGCAACAGCAAACCAAGUGAAUCUAAAUGCAAGAAAUGUCAAUCUUUGGAGAAGUAAAUUUGCUACAGCCAUGGUGAAGAUGGGUCAAAUUGAUGUUUUGACAGGUGCAGAUUCUGGAGAGAUUCGAACAAACUGUAGGGUCGUCAACACCUAACCUUUUUACAUGGCAAA